AUGGGUGCCCUACAUGAUGGCCACAUGUCUCUAAUCCGACAGGCUGCCCAGGAAAACACUGAUGUCGUUGUUAGCAUAUAUGUGAACCCAACGCAGUUUGGAGUCAAUGAAGACUUGGACAGCUACCCGCGGACAUGGAACGAAGAUUUGGAGAAGAUACAAGCUCUCAAUACAGAAUUUGAAAGCAAGUCAUCGCCUGGAUCUGGCCGUGUUACGGCAAUUUUUGCUCCCACUACCAAAGUAGUGUACCCUACGCUACCUCCCACAUCCGAGCUAAAUGGAAACGGAAGCUUCGUGACCAUAACACCACUGGCGACCAAGCUCGAGGGAGCUUCUAGACCAGUGUUCUUCCGCGGGGUUGCUACUGUGUGUACAAAGCUAUUCAACAUGGUGACUCCGGACCGUGUCUACUUUGGUCAAAAAGACGUACAGCAGUCUAUUAUCAUCAAACGCAUGGUACAGGAUUUCCAUAUAGACACUGAGGUCAGGGUUGGUCCGACUUCAAGAGAACCAGAUGGUCUUGCGAUGAGUUCGCGUAAUGCAUAUCUCGGCGCUAGACGACGAAAUGUUGGCUUGGUUUUGUCCCGUGCCAUGAGAGCAGCGGAGGCUGUCUACCUAUCCGGAAAGAAGUCGCGAAAUGAAAUACUCGGCGCUGCCAAUUCCUUCGCACAAUCCACAUUAGCUGAACAGGAACUCCUCCCUGCAUAUAAACGUGCAAGAUUUGAAGUGGACUAUAUUUCUCUAGCAGACCCCGAGUCACUAGAGGAGCUGGACCAUGUCGAUGAAUCAAAGGGUGCGGUCUUAAGCGGUGCUGUGAAGAUGUUUCCGCUGGAAGAAUCCCAAGAAGGAGAAGACUGCGGGCUUGGAGGAGGAAAAGUACCUAUCAUGGGUCCUCCAUAUAUUCUGUGGUCCUGUGGAUAUACAGCGAUAUACAGCUAUAAUUCAGAGAGAGAGAGAGAGCUUGGGUUCUACUAUCAGAAUGGUCAAGCAACUUUUUUUUUCCCCCCUUCUGCCGCAAAACUCAAAACUUCAAUCUUCACCCUCCAGCUGCAACGCCGGAGAGAGCAAAAGAGAGAAAUCAACGAAACAAUACCAAAGUGCUCCGCUCUUACUUUGGUCAUCAUCAUGGCGGACGAUGGCAUGCUUAUGAAUUUUGACGUGGGAGACGGGAUUAUCAGCUCGCAACAGAAAUUUAAAGGCGGCAAGUGGAAGGAUCGCCUCGUCGCCAAAAAAAUCGCAGACCACCGGCACAAGAAAUCGAAGCAACCAUUUACCGCAGAUGAUAGUAGACGGGGUGAAAGAGGGGGAGAAGCGGACCAUGGAGGUGUAUCUAGCCGUCCACCGAAGCGACAGAGACUCAAUAAUGGAGAUUUUCAACCAAGCACUGCUACCAUAACAGGAGUUUCCAAUAACUCCAGCAGCAAAUAUGCCACUGGCCCACAAAGAGAGGUUAUCUCGUCGCUUUUCUCGUAUAAUCCCGUUGCGAAGACUGUACCUACGGUGGAAGAAUCUACAGCGCAUGAUGAUGCUGAAGCUACGAAAGCUUCCAAUGCCCCUCUCGUCGACGGUAUCGAUACGUUUACGUCCCUCGGGCUAUCGCCAGAGCUCGCAGCACACCUACUGACUAAACUGAAGUUGAAAAAUCCUACCGCGAUUCAAAAAAGCUCAAUUACGCAGCUGCUAAAAGAGAAUUGCGAUGGGUUUAUACAGGCAGAGACUGGAUCUGGAAAAACACUUGCAUACCUCCUACCCUUGGUACAACGGCUAAUGAACCUAUCUGGCCGAAAAAGUGCAGAGGAAGGCCAAGGUCAAGCCACGCCGAUUCACCGAGACUCGGGUUUAUUUGCUAUUAUCCUUGCGCCAACUCGAGAACUUUGCAAGCAGAUAUCUGUGGUACUUGAUAGUUUGCUAAACUGUGCUCAUUGGCUUGUUGCUGGCACAGUUAUCGGUGGAGAGAAGAAGAAAUCAGAAAAAGCAAGAUUACGGAAGGGGUUGAAUAUCCUCGUGGCUACUCCUGGACGGCUUGCGGAUCAUCUAGAUAAUACCAAAGUUCUUGACGUGGGCCUUGUUAGAUGGCUUGUGCUAGACGAAGGCGACCGAUUGAUGGAGUUAGGAUUUGAAGAAGAGAUUCAGAAUACUAUUAAAAAGUUGGACUCUAAAAGGCGACCGACAUCAAAGAUUGAAAAUCUUCCUCCAAGGAGGUUAACGGUACUAUGUUCUGCCACGCUGAAGAUGAACGUGCAGCGUCUAGGAGAGAUGAGUUUGAAGGAUGCGGUUCAUAUACAGGCUGAUCCGGCAGAUGAGAUUGAAGAUACCUCUUCCCAGGCUGGAGAUGCGCAAAAGUCUUUGGAAUUCUCAGCACCAGCUCAGCUGAAGCAGUCGUUCGCAAUUGUCGCAUCAAAGCUUCGGCUUGUUACCUUGACAGCCCUUCUCAAGAGUACCUUUAUACGCAAGGGAACUGUUAUGAAAGCUAUUGUUUUUGUUUCUUGCGCAGAUUCAGUGGAUUACCAUUUCGAGGUUUUCACUAGAAAGUCGGAUAAGAGUACUGAAAGCGUCGGAAAGGGAGAGAAGGAAAAACAGGAAGAAGAAAAGGAGGAGAAAGACUCGAGUGCUGAAGCGGCAUAUACAACUAACUCAGCUACCCAAGGAACAGUAUCCGAAUCUCCAACAUUAUCAAAUCCGAACAAUUCGGUAAUACUGCAUAAACUGCAUGGAUCCCUCCCUCAACAUGUUCGAACAGCCACGCUUUCUGCAUUUGCCAAACAAAAGGACACCUCCGUUUUAAUAUGUACAGACGUUGCGUCUCGGGGUCUCGAUCUACCAAAUGUUGACUUUGUCAUUGAGUAUGACCCUGCGUUCUCCGCUGAUGACCAUCUUCACCGUAUCGGUCGUACAGCUCGAUUGGGUCGUGAUGGUCGUGCUAUGAUCUUCCUUCUUCCGGGAAGUGAAGAAGGAUAUAUCAAUGUUCUAAAACGCGGUUAUCGCGACAACAACACCAAGGCUGUGACCCGCAGUGAUGAAAGCGACAUCUUGAAGCGAGGAUUUGGUCGGACUAAUGGCAAGGGUUGGGAAGAGGCAGCCACUGAGUUCCAGCUAGAUAUAGAACGCUGGACCCUGGACAACCCCAGUAUCCUGGAAAUGGCUCGUCGGGCUUUUCAAUCUCAUAUUCGUGCCUACGCUACGCAUAUUGCAAGCGAGAGGGAGUACUUCAACAUAAAGGAUCUGCAUCUAGGCCAUCUGGCCAAAGGUUUCGGCUUGCGAGAUAGGCCAACGAAGAUCAAUGUUCCUGGACUUCGAACCGGCAAGGAGGAGACAAAGAAGGCGUUCAAAGCAAACAGGACGGUAGAUUCCAGUGACAAGAAGAAUGAUUCCGGUCCCAAAAAUGAUAGUGCGGCUGAUAAAAUGCGGAAGAAGAUGAGAGAACAUAUGGCCGCGGCAAAUGAGUUCAAUAUCGCCUAA